UCUUUUUUAGUCGUGCUUGGCUAAAUGAAACGACAACUGGAUACGUUUGAUAGCAAAGAAACCGCAUUUCCAGCUGUACUUGUGUGCAGGUCGGGUUGUCAGAGGACUCACUAAACUCAGAUGGGUCAAGCACUGUGGAGGCUGCCUCCCAGACAACAGCAGCAGCUUCAGGAAGAGCUUGCAGACCGACUGGCUGACCAAGGAGGAGGAAGGUACCAAGGGAGAGAUGGUGGUCCCCAUAGAAGAGUUCCUCAGCAGUGUCAUGGCCCUGACAUCUACCAUCUGCUGAGAACACGCAUGGGAGGUAGGGAACAGCACGGUUUUAUAGAUUUGGAGAUGCUGCCACCCGAAUUAGGCAUCACCAUACUUUCGUACCUGAAUGCUACUGAUCUGUGCUUGGCGGGCUGUGUGUGGCAGGACCUGGGAAAUGACGAAUAUCUAUGGCAAGGGCUGUGUAAGUCCACAUGGGGACACUGCUCCAUCUACAACAGAAGACUACCUGCUGGUUUCUCAUACAGAAGACUAUACCUCCAACUAGAUGAAGGCAGCCUGACAUUCAAUUCUAACUCACAGGAGGGUAUCAGGUAUUUCAUGUUUAAAGGUAUACUAGUGGAUCAUCCGACAGAGCUGGCUAAAUUCAUCUUCUACACUAGACGGCUCAACUGGAAGAUGCUGAGGGUUUACCUGGAUGAAAGGCGGGAUGUCCUGGACGAGCUGGUGACCCUCCAUAACUUCAGUAACCAGUUUCUACCCAACGCUCUGCGGGACUUCUUCAGACACAUCCAUGCACCAGAGGAGAGAGGAGAGUAUCUGGAAACCCUCAUCACCAAGUUCAGCCACAGGUUUUGUACCUGUAACCCUGGCCUUGUGAGAGACCUGGGCCUCAGUCCUGAUGCGGUGUAUGUGCUGUGCUACAGUCUGAUCCUGCUGUCCAUCGACCUGACCAGCCCCCACGUCAAAAACAAAAUGUCCAAGAGGGAGUUUAUCAGGAACACUCGCCGAGCAGCGCAUAAUGUCUCAGACGACUUUGUAGGCCACCUCUAUGACAACAUAUACCUGAUUGGCCACGUGGCUGCGUAGCUCCACCUACCAGCUGACCAGUCCAAAUCCUCAUACUGCACUGAAGAAUAGGAACAGGUAAUUGGGUUCCUAUACAUGUCUGGAAAGUAUGAAACAUUAUGGAGAUUUAUUUUUUACAAUUUUCAUGACAACCAAUAAAUCUUACUAGAAGGGUUCGACAAACAAAUACAGUCCACUGCACUGUGAGAAAGACUGUGCUACCUAAUAUUAGUAAUGUUCAUAGAUUUUAAUCAAAGGUGUGACACAUCUGAAAUGUCUUUAUUACCAAAGUCAGUGCAAAGAAGGAGGUUCUAAAGUGGAACCAUGGCUGCUUCUCAUGUUGCUUAAAUUGCCUCCUUGACUCCUCCACUUGCCUCCCUUCCUCGCAUCUUUGUCCCCCCCCCCCCCCCCCCCCCCCCCACCGAGGAGGCACAGGAGAGACGUGAGGAAAUCAUGGAGGAGAGAGGACACUGGUAAAGGUGUUUCAGAGGGAUGAGACGUCCUUUACUCUGAUGCAUCACAUGAAUUUGUUAGCCGUUUGGGUGGAGUUAGCAACUCCUUCAGCUGCACGGCUUCCGGAAGGUUGCUCUCGUGUGUCCUCGCCUUAUGCUCCAUGGCAACCCCUCCUCGAUGCUCGCUCCCUUUGGUGGAAAUAAGGGUUUUGACACGGCCUUCACGAAGGAGGGACAGAACAACGUCCGGUUCAGCCAAAGAGCGAGGAGCUAUCAAAUAAGCGGCAUAAGAAGCAGCCUAUGUAAGACAAGUUCUGAUAACUGCACUGACAGAUGAUGACUACUGAUUGGUGGAGGGAGGAGGCGAAGCACUGCCCUCAGCCUGUCACAGAUGCCGGGACAGACCUGCUGAUUUCCUAUAGGACAGCUGCUUCACGUUCACCAGUGGGACAAACACUGGGGUCGUUUUUACAAGGCGAACACAAGACCACUCACAAAUAUCACUAGUUACAUUUACCAGCAACUAAUGACAAAGGUACAUGGGAGCUAUUCUGCUAAUCAGUUGACUUGAUACGUUGUCCAGAAUGUCCAAGUGUCAAGAUUUAACUAGAUCUGGUUCUCUGUGGCUCAUACUAGAUGUUUUUUGCUCUCCAUUUUAUAAGUAACAUGAACAAGACAACAUAUAUAUAUAUAUAUAUAUAUAUAUAUAUAUAUAUAUAUAUAUAUAUAUAUGCAUAAUCAACACUGCUAAAACUGCUAAAUAGGGCUACCUGUUCCACUCUGUUUGUUUGUGUGCAGUUUCAUUCACAAAAUGUUAACAAAGAGUAAAAAAGAAGAAUUGCAAAGCGCAGAGCUUUAAGUUCUGCAGUCCGAAAUAUGUCGAUAAAAAAAACUACCUCUCAGUAAAUUGGCAAGAAAUGAUGAUGAACAUAUAAUGGACAGACUAUUACAGUAAUGUAGCAUUUCUUUUGGUUUAGUUGUAGGCCUACAAUUAUUUGAGUUGAUUUCGCUCUCAUAUUUAAACUCCAAAUUCAUACAGAUUAGGCAUUAUAUAUAAUAUAAUUCUUACAUCAAGCAAGUGUUUUUUUCCCAGUGGAGAAAGUACAUGGCUGGUGUGAUGGGUUUUGGGCCACUUGUGAAUUUGUUCUGUACCAAAGAGAAAAUUCCAAGUAUAAGACCAUUGUCGAUACAUGUACAGUUGAUCCUAAACACUGCAUACAUUUAAAUGGAUUGUUUUAGAAUGAAUCUGAAAGGCAACACAGGUUAAAAAAAAGCAAAGUAGUUUUUUUUUUCAGUUUUAGAACCAGCCACUUUAUAUUUUCUGCAAUUUUGUCCAGAUUAUGAUUGAAACUGAAUGUAUUAAAACUGUUUCUGACACACAUGACGUUAGGGAAAUGUAUAAUCUCAGUGCUUUGGAGGUGAAAUGCUUCUUGUGCAGCAAAUAGAGCACAGCAGCUUCUAUGUUACGCUGCUUUAUGAGGAUGUCAAAUAGCAUAUGGGAAGUGAGUGUUUUGUGAUAGACUCGGCUUUAAUUUGGGCAACAUUAUCAAAGAAAUGGCUAAAGCCAAGAGUAGAGAAAGAGAAUGUUGUGAAAGUGGAAAAAAUGAAGGAUUUCCAUCAAGUCAUUCUACAAUGUUGGCUCUUGAAUUGUCUGUGGCCGACUGCAGCAAAUUGUAUUAGGUUCAUGAAGUUCUUGUGUUUAAAAACGUAAUACUGCUAUAAUUCACUUUUUGCACAAUGCACACAUAAUUAACACAGCUUCAGCUUUAGUUCCUGAAGUCAUAGGCUUCCAUUGUUUUUCAAAAACACCUGAGAAACAGCCCACGACAUAGCUAUUGCUCCCGUGAUAUAAUAGCAUUAUCCAUCAAUUUAAAUUAGACGUGUAGAUUUAUAAUGACUGUGAAACACCGCUGCCGCUGUAGUUUCGUUCUUCCAGAGAUGAAUGAGAAAAGAUUAGUAUGCAUCGAAAAAGUCGACAUCCAAGUGUCAUUUAGCCUUCCCUAACAGCAUGGAAAAAAGAGAAACUAUUAUUUGACUCUAUAAUUAGCAGUGUGGUGAAGUAAUAGGCCACAUAUACUGUACGUGUAAUUUUAGAUGAUGAAUUACAUUUGUCAGUGCAGGAUGUUUGAAAUAGUGGAAGUCUGUUACAUCUUUAGGGCAACACUACAAUCGCGUCUGGAGAAAUGAAAGUGCACUGCACACAUCAGGACACAUUGAUGACUUCAGUGUAUUUUCAGCUGUUGCAUUUUUUACAAACGAAUCAGUUUUAACAAUUCCCAUCAGACCUGAAUGCAGCAUGAUUGUCACUCUGUGCUAGUAGCUUUGAGACCCAGCAGCUAGCAUGUAGCCGCGGCUAACAGUGAGGUGUCACAGCGGUCUGAAUGUAACCAUAGGAACAUCAGGAGUGAAGCCGUUUAAAAAAAAAAAAAAACCUUUUUAUGACUAAGGGUUUAUAUCAUAUCCUAGAUAUCUAGUUGCAAUACCAACCAACAUGUAUGUAUGUAUUCGAUUUGUUUUCUAUCCAAGUAAAUUCUGUUCUAAGAGUCUGUAAUGAGGAGUCGUUAGAUUGUCCAUCUGACCUCUGAACAUUAACAGCAUUGAAGAUUGAUUAUUGCUGAUGAUGCACACUGAUAUAGUUCUAUAACUUAUAAUUGUUUUCUUUAAAUUAUGAAGGAAAUCCACUUCCUGUUGUGUGUUUUUUUUUUUUUCUUUGUGGUUACUAGAACACUUUAUGACUGACAUGAUGUACUGAGAAAUUGUUCCAAAUAUCUGACUCAUUAAAUCUGGGCUUGAUUUUGCU